AUGAAGAUAGCAAGUUGGAAUGUCAGGGGACUGAAUGGAGAAGAUCGUCAGAGAGUGGUGAAUAAGUGGUUACGCAAUCUGGGAUAUUCAGUAGUAGCUUUAUUGGAGACUCACGUACAAGAUGAAAAUUAUUUAGAAGUAGUUCAGAAGGUUUCUCAGGGAAGGAGGUUCGAAAAUAAUUAUUCAGAGGUUAAUGGUGGAAGAAUUAUUAUCCUCUGGGACCCUCUCAUUUCAGUCAUAACCUACUGGAAGUCAGAGCAGAUGAUUGUGUGUGGGAUUUUUGACCCGAGGUCAGGGAAGUCUUGCACGGUGGCCUUUGUGUAUGCUCAUAACACAGAGAUUCAGAGAAGAGAUUUAUGGGCGGAUCUGGUAAGGAUUUCUUCUCAUCCGCUUGUGGUUACUUCACCUUUCUUAGUUAUGGGAGAUUUUAACCAAAUCCUUACAGCGGAUGAGCAUUUUUCCUUGGUUAAUUAUACAUUACCGGUUAGAGGUAUGGCAGAUUUCAGAGACUGUCUAGAGGAGAGUAAUCUGUCAGAUCUCGAAAUAAGAGGAGUGUUCUUUUCUUGGUCUAAUAAAAGGCCUGAAGAUCUUAUUAUUAGAAAAUUGGAUAGAGCCUUGGGGAAUGAGAGGUGGAGGGAAUUGUUUCCGGAAGCGAUAGGUUCCUUUGAAGUACCGGGAGACUCAGAUCACUCUCCGUGUAUAGUGGAGUUUGCAGGAGAGGAGGUUGCAAGAAGGUCAAGUUUCAAAUACUUUUCCUUUUUAGCGACUCACCCUCGUUUCAUGACAGAAAUGAAGGAAACUUGGGCAGAAGAGGUCCAGGUUGGGUCUAAGUUGUUUACUCUGGGCCAGAGACUGGAGAAGGUUAAGAAGCUCUGCAGGAAAUUGAAUAAAGAAGGGUUUGGGAACAUUCAGCAGAAAGCUAAAGAUGCUAUGCAGGCGCUAAAAAAAAGGAAAAGGAACAGCUUCUAA